AUGAAGCUCCUUCUCCGGAGCCAGGAUGUUGUCGGCUAUCGGUUUCUCCUGAACAAGCAAAAUGUCUACUUGAGAGGUUUCGACGCAGCCGCUGUGUAUGACUUGGUGCCCGGCUUUGCACCAGACCCCGGCUUGGGGACGGACACAGCAGCCGUUGCUGCGCAGCAGUUCCUUUUCCAGAAUGGUUUUACAACGAUUCACAAGUUCAGUGGUGGAUGGUCACCACUGCACUAUGCAGCCCUGCGUGGAGAUCCGCUAGUGAUACAGGGCCUGCUCCAGCUGCGGGCGAAUGUAGGACCAGCUGUUGCAGACGAUCCCGAAGGCAUCCGAAUUCUUCUUGCAGCCGGUGGCCGAGUCUUCAAGGUCAAUCUCUUGGGAGACGCCCCCUUCGACUACAGUGCCGCCUUUGGAACAAUGGCAGCACUGGAAGAACUUGUUCUUAUGCGCUUGAUCGAACUGAGAGCUGAUCUCAAUGCAACCAUGCGGCCAAACAAGCCUUUGCGUGCCCUUAUGGCAACGAAGGGACUUCAAUAUCAGCUUGGCAAAAGAACGCUGCUGACGAGGUGGGGAUACCAUUAUGGAGGUCAGACGCCGUUAAUGGUGGCUGUCAUGUCAGGUCAGUUCGAAGGUGCCGCCGCCCUUAUUGCUGCGGGAGCACGACUAGAUCUGCGCAACUGCCGCAACUGGACUGCGGCGGACUUUGCCAGAGGACAUUCUGUUCCAGACUUUUUAACAGAGGCUUUGUUUCAUGGACAGCCCGAAGGUUGCCUCAGAGUGACAGCUUCAGCACUUGCACAGGCUCGCGUCGAGCUCUAG